AUGGCGACCCCGCGAGGUCCGACACCCCCUGCACAGACCCCCCGGGGCCCCACAGCAGCAGCAGCAGCAGCUGCUGCUGCUGCGGCUGUAGUGCUGCCGCAGCCAUGCACCCCUAGCAGCCGCAAGGCGAGUCUACGCUCUGUACCCCAUGCACUUCAGAAGACCACGCCUUGCAGCAGCAGGGGCAGCAGCAAUAGCAGCAGCAGCAACAGCAGCAACAGCAGCAGCAGCAGCAGCAGUGUGUCUACUGCUUGCGACAGCAGCAGCAUCAGUACUACGUGCAACAGCAGCAGCAGAGCAGCCUCUGCUGGUAGUGGAAGCAACAGCAACAACAUUCAGGCGGAUGCAGCAGCAAAACACAAGGUCGCACCCUCGCCUUGGUCCUGCACGAAGCAACAACAGCAGGAACUGCAGCAGCAGCAGCAGCAGCAGCAGCAGCAGCAUCACGGAGGCCGUAGAUCAACAACCUCGCACAUUGCUUGCAGCAUAUCAUCAGACCCGGCGUCCCCCGAUUUUCCAACAGCAGCAGCAGCAGCAGCAGCAGCAACUUCAUACAGUCAUGUGGAUACAGCAGUAGCAGCAGCAGCAGCAGCAGCAGCAACGGCACCGAAGGCAGCAGAUGCAGCGCGGGCCUGCCGCGAGACAAACGGCAGCGACACACCACGCGCAGCAGCACUGCCAGCGGAUACAAGGGCAGCAGCAGCAGCAGCAGCAGGUGCAGCAGCAGCAGCAGGUGCUGCUGCCUCUGCUGCUGCUGCAGGGUCUUUGAAGGUGCGUCCUGCAGUGGGUGCGUGCAAGCGGCAGCAACCCACCAUACUUCCUUCCCUGCUGCGACGCGCAGCAGGGCCUUCUUUGUCUCUAAAGGCGGAGAGACCGACUGCAGCAGCAGCUGCAACGGGUGCAGCAGCAGGUCCUGCUGCUGCUGCAGUUGGUGCAGGCGAUGCUGCUGCAGGGACCGCAGCAGCAGCUCCCUCUGCGGGGAGCGGCCGAGGUCUGUGGCUGAGUAUGCAGCAGCAGCAGCAGCAAGCAGCAGCAUGCUUGCAUGCAGCAGGGCUGAUGCUCGGCGUGCAGCCAUCCGCACAUGCAGCAGCAGCAGCAGCUGCUGCUGCUGCUGCUGUUGCUGCAGCUUCCUGUGCUUCAAGGGACUCGGGGCUGCACUCUGCUGCAGAGCCCAGUCGUUUGACGCCGUCAGCAGCGAAUUUGGGGGCGGCGCCGGUGCAGCAGCAGCAGCAGCAGCAGCUGCAGCAGCAACAGCAGAUAUCUGUGCCUAGCAGCAGCAGCAGCAGCAGCAGCAGCAGCAGUACCGCCAGCAUGGGGCUCCCAGCUGCUGCAGCACCUGCUGCUGCUCCUGUUGCUGCUGCUGCUGCAGAAGAACCCGCGUAUCGUAUUUCUGCUUCGUUGUGCAUUCGCUCUGCGGCAGCAGUUGCUGCUGAAGCAGCAGCAGCAGAAGCUGCCGCUGCAGCAGCAGAUCCUCACAGUUUGUUCGCCUGCGCGACGCCUUGUGAGUCCACUUCAGCAGCAGCAGCAGCAGCAGCAGCAGCAGCAGGUGAGUCGGUGAAGGCAUGCCGGCUGCAAGGUGCUGCUGCUGUGCCUGCUGGGGGUCCUAACGCUGCAGCACUAGGCGGCAAAAGCUCCACAGCAGCAGCAGCAGCAGCAGCAGCAGCAGGGGAGAAGUUCUGCAGCUGCUGCUUGACAGGGUGCGAUCGAUAUCCCCCAGUGCACGGGCUCUGCUACUUACGAAGGGGGGCUCUCAUUGUUUGGAGGCAGCAGGCCUUCCUUCUUAAGGGCGAGGCUUGGCUUGCUGCUGCUGCUGCUGAUGGCAGCAGCAGCAGCAGCAGCAACGGUAGCGGCGGAAGCAGCAGCAGUUGGUGCAGUAGCGCCGCCGGCGGUGCGUUAUCAAAGGAACGACAGCAGCAGCAACAACAGCAGCAGCAGCAGCAGCAGCAGAUGCCAGGAGACGACGACUCGAUGGGGCUGUCUUGCUGCUGCCCUCUCGUGAGGCUGCAGCAGGACGCAGCCAACAGCAGCUGCUGCACGAGCAGCAGCGGGAGCAGCAGCAGAAGCAGCAGCAGCAAAGACUUCAGAGGGGAGAGGGGUAAGCACGCAAAUCAUCGUAAGUGCUUUGUUGCUGCGGAUGCUGCACCCGACAGCUGCGGCAGCAGCAGCAGAACCCGCAGCAGCAGCAGCGAUGAGCGCUCGCCGCGCAGAAGCAGCAGCAGCAGCAACGACACAGAAGACAAAUCUAUCUGCUGCUGCGAAGCGUCGGAUGGCAAGAGCGACCCUAGUCCCACCAGCAGCAGCAGCAACAGCAGCUGGAGCAGCGGCAGCAGCAGCAGCAGCAGCAACAGCAGCAGGCUGUGUGCGUCUUGCAGGUGCAGCUUCGCGUCCGAACCCCCCUCUUGCUGGUUUGCUGCUGCUGUUAACCUCCGUUGCUUCUCUUUGUCUCUGUACGGCUCUUCUGCUGCAGCACGAGAAGCAGCACUUCGCUUCUUGGUACAGCAGCAAGGCAGCAUUAGCUUCGUUGGCAAGCAGCAGCAGCAAGAUCUGCAGCGGCUGCUGCAGCCAUCAGCCAUUACAUAUGAAGAGCACAUAGCUCUGCAGCAACAGCAACAACAGCAGCAACUGGAACAACAGCAACAGCAGCAACAGCAGCAGCAGCAACAGCAAAUGCUGCAGAAAUCGGAUGCGUACAUGUUGAGGUUGCAGCAGCAGCAGCAGCAGCAGGACGUGCUGCUGCAGCAUAGGCCGCCUCCGCAGGGAGCAGAGCGUCACCACCCCUUGCUGCGGUCCCGUAGGUCGCUGCAGCAGCAGCAGCAGCAGCAGGAGCGACCGGACAGACCCAAGAGACAGCUGCCUCCACGCCUUAGAGACCCUGAAAUCUCUGGUGCUGUCUCCGCUGCAGAGAGCAGCAGCAGGAGCUGCAGCUCGACGCCAGCAGCAGCAGCAGCAGCAGCAACUAGCUCAGUAGACAGUCUCGAUUCAGCCGGGCCAGCGUCUCCGGUGCCGGCUACUGCAGCAGUAACUUCUCCGAGUGCUGCUGCUCUCAGCAGCAGCAGCAGCAGCAGCAAAGUUAACAGGACGCCUGUAUCGCGGCCCCUGAAGCUGUGUGGGGUGGUGCCGCGUUUGGAGCAGCUGCCGGGUGGUGAGGGCGAUGAGAGAGGCGCAGCAGCAGCAGCAGCAGCAACAGCAGCAGGAGGCUACCGCGUCGGUGAUUUCUUGCAGGGGUUGCUUGCAUGCCCUUCUGGCAGCGGAUCGAAGCAGCAGCAGCAGCUGCUGCGCAGCAGCAGGAAGCGAAAGGCAGCACCUGCUGCUGCAGCGGACGGCUCCGGCAGUUCUUGGGGUGGUGGCCCUCGGAGUUACAACAGAAGCAGCACCACCAGCAGCAGCAGCAGCUGCGUGUUCAGCAGCAUGAGUCGCGUGUUGGCUGAGAAGGAGGCUACCCGUGAGGGGCGUCUGCUGCUGCGCAAUGCCCUGCUGGCAGGCUGUCUGGUCCCUGCAGGCGAGGAGUUUGCUGUCUCUACUCUCGAUGAUAUUGAAGCACUCCCAGCAGCAGAUCCUUUCUCUUCGAGCUGGUACCUAAUGCAAGUCUUCUUGCAGACACACAAACUGCAGCGGAGUCAGGUGAUGGAUGUAGGAACUACGCGGCAGCUGCUGGCGGCGAGGAGGUUUGUUUAUUUGCUGUCUCCUUAUUCAGAAUCAAGGACGUUUGCUGCUGCAGCAGGCGCAGGCCCUGCUGCUGCUGCUGCUGCUGCUGCUGAGGCUGUCAAGCCAACCCCCACUCCGCCCACCACCAGGCAGCAGCUUGCCAUCGCCGCCAGCAGCAGCAGCAACAGCAGCAGCAGCAGCAGCAGCAAGGCGGUGCAUGCAAGCAGUGCUGUUGGCCCCAAGUUUGAAGGGAUGCGUGCUGCCGCAAACAGCAGCAGCACCACUAGCAGCAGCAGCAGCAGCAAAACGGACCCCCAGCAGCAGCUGCAGCACCUGGUGUCGCAGCAGCAGCUGGCUUUGGCUGCACAACAGCAGCAGCUGGCGUCCGCUCAGCAGCAGCAGCUUGUCCUUCAGUACCUCAUUCGCAAGCGGCAAGAGCAGCAGCAGCAGCAGCCUCAGCAGCAGGCGCAGCAGCAGCAGCAGCAGCAGCAGCAGCUCGCAUCAGCGGUACCCCCCACAGACCCUACGGCUGCUGCGGCCACUCUCGGUGGAGAGCCGCAGCUGCACCCGCAGCUGCUGCACCAGCAGCGAAUGAAGCAGUGGCAGCAGCUCUGGCAGCAGCAGCUGCUGCAGCGGCUGCAGCAGCAGCAAUCGACCCCACAAGGAGUAACGCCUGCUGCAGCGCAGCAAGCCCUGCUGCAGCAGCAACAGCCUCAAGGGGUUGCGGCUCUUUGGCUCCAGCGUCCGCAGUGGCGUCUUCCUUUCUGGACUUUGCUGCCACAGCAGCAGCAGCAACAGCAGCAGCAGCAACAGCAGCAGCAGCAGCAGCAACCGCUACAGCAUCCGAACGGACCAUCUGCAGCGUCGGCGGCUCCACCAGUAGACGAAGGGAAGCAACAUAGUAAAUCUGCAGCUGCAGCAGCAAAACCCACAGCAGCAGCAGCCACCCCCGAUGCUGCUGCUGCUGCUGCAAAGGUCUCCACUCAGAAGGGAAAAGGCGAGGAGCUCUGCAGCCGUAGCAGCAGCAGCGGCAGCAGCAGCAGCGGCGACAAAAACUGCAGCAGCAGCAAGGGCAGCGGUAGCAGCGGGAGCAACGCCAGCAGCAGCACAAGCAGCAGCAGCAGCAGCAGCAGCAGCAGCAGCGGGAGUUGCCGCGCCAGUUUGCUGCCGCCUGGCUACGGCGAGUUGCCGCAGCUGGAGGCCUUAGUGGACGCUGCUGUGCUGCUGAGCAGACACUUCAAGCCUAACCCCGAACCCCACUCAGAAGCAGGUGCGCGUCUAGACAGCAGGCGGCCGCUGCACUGCGUGUGGCUUGAUGAGAGGAGACAGCCGCAGUGGCGCUGCAGGUGGACAGCUUCUGCAGGGCGUCGAUUUAGCAGGACCUUCUCUGUCAACCUAUUCGGAUAUGAGUCGGCGAAGCGUUUGGCUGUCUGGUCCAAACUCCUUGUCUCUACACCUCACCAGCGACGGGCUUGUCUUCAGGAGCUGUGGGACUCGGUGCAGCAGCAAGUGCGGCAUCCGCUGCCACACGAGGUGGCGGCGCUGCUGAAGCACGGGAAGGUCAAGCCUGAGGUUUGCUGCUUUGAGUUGAGGCCCCCUGCGUUGCUGCGGCACCAGCAGCAGCUGCUGCUACCGCACCACUUCUCCCAUACCAAAGCUCAGGACCAGCAGCAGCAGCAGCAGCAGCAGCAAGAGGAGCAGCAACAGCAGCAACCGCGCGACUCCCAACCUCCCACAUCCUCUUCGUCUAUAAUUGGGCCUUCGAGCGGCAGAGAGCGGCGGCAGCAGCAGCUGCAAGAGAAACAGCAGCAGCAGCAGCAGCAGCAACCCGCAGAAGCGGUAGUACCUUCGCCACGGCUUGAUAAAGAGCGGCGCUCUGCUGCUGUUGCUGCCAGUGCUGCUGCCGUAGCCAGUGCUGCUGCAGUUGCGGCGGGUUCUAGUGUGUCUGGGCCUCCAGGUGGCGCUCAAAUGCGUCGUGCUGCUGCUGCAGCUGGUGCUGCUGCUGCUCCUGCUGCUGUGACGGCAGCGACAGCAGCAAGCGGUAGAGAAGACAAAGUGCUAACAGAGGGGAACAGCCGCCUCCGGAGUGCAGCCGCAGCGCCAGCAGCAACGACAGCAGUAACGACAGCAGCAACAGCAGCAACAGAGGAGGCCACAGCAGCAAUUCCAGCGGUGCGACGGAGGGGGCUGCGACAGCGUGCAGCAGAGAAAGAGGAGCCAGCAGCAAAAGAAGAAGCUGCUGCUGCAGAAAGCCCUUCAAAUGCUGCUGCUGCUUGGACAGGUCAUGCUGCUGCAGCUCCUGCUGCUGCUGCUACUGCAGCUGUUACUGCAGCUGCUGCUUCUCCAGCCGCUGCUGCUGCUGCAGGACCCCGCACUGCAGCAGCAAAAGCUGCAGGGAUCUCGCCGGCAGCUGCAGCAGCAGCUUUAGGCCACAGCAGCUACAGCAGCCGCAACAGCAGCGCAGUCCCUGCUCGUUCAGGUGCAGCAACAACCAGAGCAGCAGCAGCUGCUGCAGUUGCUGCAGCAGGCGGAGGAUCGCCUGCUUCUGCAGCUUCUAUAGAGAACAGCAGCAGCAACAGCAGUAACAUCAACAGCAGCAGCACCAACAGCAGCAGCACCAACAGCAGCGGAAACAGCGCCAGCUGCUGUUUGAAGAGGAAGCCUCCUCUAACGGAAGGCAGUGACACAGUGUGUGAUGCUGCUGCUGCUGCUGCUCCUGCCGUUGCUCCUGCUGCAGUUGUUGCUGCCUCCCCGCGGGCUUGUACAGAAGUAGAGACAGGACGCCUGAGGGGUACGAUGCUGCUGCGGUGCCGCAACCCACGACAGCAGCAGCAGCAACAACAACAGCAAGAAGUGCAACAGCCGCAGGAGCAACAACAGCAGCAACAGCAGCAGCAACUGCAACAGCAGCAGCAGCAGACUGUUAAGCGCCGCCAUCUUGAGUCGGGCCCAGGGGACUCCAGCAGCGAAGCAGACGAACCUAGCCAUGGUGCUGCAGCACGGCGUCGCACCUGCAACGGCAGCAGCAGCAGCAGCAACAACAUUAGCAGCAGCAGCAGCAUUCGUAAGUCUUUAUAUCGCCGCACUGCUGCAGGGGCAGAAAACAUCCGAUUGCCACAGGGCAGCAGCGCCCAGGAGGAGGGCUCGCCUGCGGACAGAGAAGAAAUUGCUGCUGCUGCUGCUGUUGUUGCUGCCGCUGGAGGCAGCAACAUUCGCAGCAGCGACAAUCCACACAAAAGCAGCAACGGCAACUGCAAUAACAGCAGCAACGAAUCUCCCAGAGAAGCGCGACGAGGGCGCCGCAAGGCUGUUGCUGUUGCUGUUGCUGCUCCUGCUGCUGCUACCGGCAACAGAUGCAGCAGCAACAUUAGCAGCAGUAGCAGCCUGCCUUCGCUCUCUGCUGCUCAUGAGGCUCCAGGCAAUACGCCAAGGGCUGCAGCAUCCACAGCGUACAUGUCACUACGGCCUAGGGCAGCAGAAGCAGCAGCAGCAGCAACAGCAACAGCAGCAGCAGCAGGCAGCAGCGCUAGCAACAGCUCCACGCCUCAGCAGCAGCAACCGCAGCAGCAGCAGCAGCAGCAGCAGCAGCGGACGGUGGGCAAGAGAAAUGGCACGUCAGAAGACGCCGGAAGCACGCCUUCGCUUCCUGCUGCUGCGGCAGCAGCAGCACAAACUGCAGCACCAAUUGCAGCACCAGCUGCUCAUAGGCCCCGGCAAAACAGUGCGAACUCCAGCACCAACAGCGGCAACAGCAGCAGCAACAGCAGCAGCAGCAACAGCAGCAGCAGCAACAGCAGCAACAGCAGCAAAAGCAGCGCUCAGCACCGCCCCCUCCUUCGUUCCUUGCGGUCUAUGGCGACACGAGCAUCAGCAGCUGCUGCAGCAGCUCUUCAGGCCUCGCCUCGGGGAGUGUCUGCAGCAGCAGCAGCAGCAGCAGCAGCAGCACAUGCGUGUGCACUGGAUUAG